CAUGGCCUACGGUCUACCGAAUAUAUGCCAAACGUCCAUUCCACCACAGCGGAAAUACCAAGUGCCUAAGCCCAAGAUAUGCUAAGCGAGCGACUCUUUUCUCCAUGUAAUUCACAAUGAUCAAGACCAGCCUUCAGACCAUGGACACGAUCCUCGAGUCGAACCCUCAAAUUGUGCUCACUCAAGCGUCCCCAGUCGACGCGGUACCAUUCUCGACACCAAUCAGACCGACAGAUGGGACAAUGCGAGUGGUGACAUUCCCUGGCGAUUCUAUUCACACAGCUACUCUCGUUGAUCACCGGCCCAGGAUCGUGAAAUCUUCAUCUCUGAAAAUUCCGGUCACAAGGAAAGCAAGUCACCGCGUCCGGGAAUGGGUCAAGCGAUCCAGCUCUGCAAGGACCAGCAGCACGACCGGGACCAGAGCAUCAGGGUCGGACUCACUAAAAACCCAAAUCAGACACUUGGGGGGAGGUCGGAUAGAGGCGGGAGAAGUAGCAGGGGGAACACUUCUUGCGCCCAACAACGUGACAGCUGCGGGAGUGAAGAGCACGCAACAAAGGAGUCGAGCAACUUCCAUUGACAGCCGCGUCACGCAGUGGCUCGAUUUCUAUCCAAACCCUUCCGAGAGAUCCAAGGCUCAAAGACAACUCAACCAGCCCAGUAGGCUCGAGCCCAGUCCUCUCCCCUCCGAACGGCCUCCCCAGAAUCUUCGUCCUCGGCCCAGCUCCAACGCCGAUCUACGACCAGCACCGCUAAAGAUCGCCCAGCCUGAGAGCAAAAGCCGCCUGAGCGGGGACCCGCGUUCAAAGCCGCUGGCACGGAAGAACUCGAAGUGGAAAGCUCUGCCCAGUCUCCCAGAUUCCGAGCAGCCAACUACCGAUCCUGUUCGCAAGCAGGAUCCUGUAGUGGCGGCCGCGUCAGCAACACGUGAUGGCGUGACACCCGCAGCUCGGGAAGUGCAAAGUUCUCAACAAGACACCUCAGAAGCGCGUCACAGUCCUCCAGAGAUUCCGGACGGAAGAAGCGGCAUCCCGCCUCAACGACCUAAAGGAAUCCAAUGCGUCACACCUCCUCAAACGCCAGAUAGCAUCGCCUACGGCAUUGCCAGUCUGAGGGUAGGCAAGGCUCCGAACGGUUACGAUAGUGAGAUAGGGAACACGAAGAGUGGCGCACCGGCCGAGUCCGAGGCCAGUCCGGACACGAAGAGCUUGGGUCAUCUCGACGAUGAUGGCGCCCGGCCUGAGAGGAGAAUUAAACCGGAAGCGCCUGGAUUGAUGUCAACAAUACAUCACACGCGCGAGGAGCGAGCAUGGCUGCAUGUGAAUUAUCGAGGCGAGGCCCCCUUCUUGCUGGCGUGGGGCCUGGACAUUGCAAGGCCUGGUGACCGGGAAGAGGGCUUGUUGAUUCUUCGGGAUUUGAUGCAAGCUGAGAGGGAGAAGGAGGGCAAGACUAGCUUGGGUAAUAUUUGAGUGGUGCGUUGGACUUGAGGGGCGGGCAGUUACUACUUUUGCAUGCAAUAAUGCUGAGAAACCGUUGCAAUUUCCCAGAAAUCAGUGUCUACCAGGUACGUUAGUCUCCGUGGUUGCUUCGUUGCUGCGCGUCUCAUGACUUGUUUGCCGCUUUCAUCCCAUCUCUGAGGGCCACUUGCCUGUC